AUGGGUCUUCCUAAAGCCUGUGCCUCUGCCAUGCUUUUGGUGCUGUCUGCUCUGGAGGCCUGUGCCCUGCACACCUAGGUUGCAGACGUCUAUGUGCAUAACGUAGUCUUGUCAGAGGACACUGAAGUGCCAGUGGCUCCUGAGGAGGCCUUGAUGCUGAUGGACAAAAAUAUGGCAAUUUUGGAAGCAGCCAUCAAAGAAGCAGCCAGACAGGUAUUAUCACAGAGUGAGACAUUUGUUUUGGUAAACACGGACCAUUUAUUUAUUUUCUUAAUGGUGUUUUUUGGUUCUGUAUGUUGGUAUCAGGGUGCCCAUAUCAUUGUGACUCCUGAAGAUGGCGUUUACGGCUGUGUCUUCUCAAGGGAAACAACAUACCCUUAUCUUGAGGAUAUCCCAGACCCACAGGUGGACUGGAUUCUGUGUGCUGAUCCUGGAAGGUUUGCUCCCUCACCCGUGCUGGAAAGACUGAGCUGUCUGGCAAGGAAUAACUCCAUCUAUGUGGUUGCAAAUAUGGAAGACAAGAAGCUGUGUAAUUCCAGUGACCCAAGGUGCCCAAGCGAUGGUCACUAUCAGUUCAAUACCAACGUUAUCUUUGACUCAGAAGGGAAACUGGUGGCUCGUUAUCACAAGUACAACCUUUUUGUGGCAGAGAAACAGUUUAAUUACCCCAAGGAUCCAGAAUUUGUGACUUUCAACAUAUCCUUUGGCUACUUUGGCAUUUUCACUUGCGCAGACAUACUCCAUCAUGACCCAGCUGUGGUCUUGGCAAACAGAUUUCAGGUUAACACCAUUCUGUUCCCAACCACUUGGGGAAAUGCUCUUCCGCUUUUAUCGUCGGUCCAGUUUCACUCAGCAUGGGCCGUGGGAAUGGGCGUCAACUUUCUUUCAGCAAAUACGCACAGCUCCACUUUAGAUAUGACAGAGCUUGCUGAACCUGAGGGAGACCGUGCCAUUUGCCAGCAGGACCUCUGUUGCCAUCUGGGUUACAAGACGGCAGAGAAGCAGAAGGAUGACGUUUAUGUUCUGGGCGCCUUUGAUGGGCUACAAGUUGUUGAAGGAGAGUAUUUUGCCUUUCUGUAUCCACAGAUCUGCACGCUGCUCAAGUGCCAGAGCACAGACCGGAACACGUGUGGGCAGCCGGUGGAGACGGCUCAGACCAAGUUUGAGAUGUUCUCCCUCAGCAGCACGUUUGGCACUAACUACGUCGUUCCAGAAGUCCUGUACAGCGGGGUAGAGCUGGCCCCCCAGGGGGGGUUCCAGGUGCUAACUGAUGGACAUCUGAUAAGUCGGACUAGUACAUCAAAGCCAGUUUUGAGUGUAACACUCUUUGGGAGGUGGUAUGAAAAGGACCCUCCACACACCCAGCAAGCUUCACCAUGAUUUCACUCCACAUCUUUUAAGAUCUCAUCUGCUUGUUUCUGUAAUGCUAAUUAAUCAUAGUUAGUCAUAAUGCUAAUCAAUGUUAAUUAAUGUUAAUACCCAUAAUUAUAGUGGCAUUCUAUUUCUUAAGUUGCCUUA